GACGGUCUGAAGUGCUGCCGCCCUGGGGAGGGUGGACGGGCAGGGCGGGGCCGAGCCGCUGGCUGACCUUGGCAGGCCGCAUCUGGCGCGGCCGCCACCACGCGCAGCUGGGUGUGGUGGCCCAUGUCUGUCAUCCUGGCCCUGAGGAGGAACAGGUAGAUCACGACCAGCUAUGGCUACAUAGUGAAUGUUUUCAAGUCAGCAAACAUUCACUGAGAAGCUACUAUGUACAAGAUGAACAUCUGCAACAAGCCCUCCAACAAGACAGCCCCUGAGAAGAGUGUGUGGACAGCGCCCUCUCAGGACAGUGGACCUUCCCCAGAACUGCAGGGCCAGCGGUCUCGUCGGAAUGGAUGGAGCUGGCCCCCUCACCCACUCCAGAUUGUGGCCUGGCUGCUCUACCUCUUCUUCGCGGUGAUUGGCUUUGGGGUCCUUGUUCCCCUCCUGCCUCACCACUGGGUGCCUGCUGGUUAUGCUUGCAUGGGUGCCAUCUUUGCUGGCCACCUUGUGGUGCACCUGACUGCUGUCUCCAUCGAUCCAGCAGAUGCCAAUGUACGGGACAAGAGCUAUUCUGGGCCCCUGCCUCUCUUCAACCGCAGCCAGCAUGCACAUGUCAUUGAAGACCUGCACUGCAAUCUGUGCGACGUGGAUGUAAGUGCGCGAUCCAAACACUGCAGCGCCUGCAAUAAGUGCGUUUGCGGCUUCGAUCAUCAUUGCAAGUGGCUCAACAACUGCGUGGGCGAGAGGAACUAUCGGCUCUUUCUACACAGCGUGGCAUCUGCUUUAUUGGGUGUUCUGCUCCUGGUGCUGGUGGCUACCUAUGUCUUCGUGGAGUUCUUUGUCAACCCCAUGCGACUUCGUACCAACCAACACUUUGAAGUCUUGAAGAAUCACACAGAUGUGUGGUUUGUGUUCCUGCCUGCUGCCCCCGUGGAGACCCAGGCUCCUGCCAUCCUGGCCCUGGCCGCCCUACUCAUCCUUCUGGGCCUGCUUUCUACAGCCCUGCUUGGCCACCUGCUCUGCUUCCACAUUUAUUUAAUGUGGCACAAGCUCACCACCUAUGAAUACAUCGUGCAACACCGUCCAGCUCAGGAAGCAAAGGAGACCCACAAAGAGCUGGAGUCAUGCCCCCGCAAGAUGCGGUCCAUUCAGGAGAUGGAGUUCUACAUGAGGACUUUCAGCCAUGUGCGUCCAGAGCCCUCUGGCCAGGCUCAGCCAGCGGCAUUAAAUGCCAAGAAGGGAACCUCUAGCAGGAGGGACUCCGGGGCAGCAUCUAGAGUUUGCUCUCUGGCUUUUACCUCAGUCCUUCCCAGUUUCUUGCCACCCAAGGCCAAGUGGAACCACCACGGCCCUCCUCAGACACACUGGCUCUGCCUCCACGGAUCCAACCCCAGAAAAAGAGGAAGCGGCGUGUAUAUAGAUUGCCCAGGUCUGGGGUCUUGGACCGAGAGCUCCCGCUGCCCAGGCUACGGGAGACUGGGACUCCUAGCCGCCAUUCCAGCUCUUCAUCUGAUUCCACCAGUGCCAGCCCAGUGCAUGCUGGUGGCUCUGCAGGCGCCUACUACUCGGCAUCUGCUGACUCCAUGGAAGAGAUUCCAGUGGCUCAGACGCGCCUGGGCAGUGCCGCACUGGGCGCCCCAGGAGCCAAGGGCCGAGAGUCUGGGCUGGCUCUACAGGCACGUUCGCCCGCUGUUUUCGUGAGCCCGAGCAGCGGCGAGCCCAGCACACCUGGAGGCGGUAAAGACCUGCCUUAGUGGGGACUAGAGGCAGGAGGGCCUUGUAGGAACGUCUGGCCAGACUCUAUGCAACACCCCGUAUUCAUUCGCCGCAGCCAGUGCACUUUAGGGACCUCACGGCCGACAGGAUCGGCCUUCCUUACCCAAGACUCAGCAAUAUCUGCUCCACCAGCCGAUGCCCCAAUAAACUUUUUUUUUUUAUGCUUUUGCGGA